UUUAACGGUUUUCAAAAUCAAAUGGAUGAUCCGGUUGAAAUCAUCGACUCAAAUGAUGAAGAAGAUCAACCAGGAAAUCGGAUUAAAAUGGAAACACCAUUUGACCAUUGUCAUGGCGAAACAUUUCAGUUAAAUGAUGUAUUUGAAAAUGACGACGAUGGAAGCUAUGCCGACGAACUGCCAGAUACGAACUUAAUUGGCAUUGAUUAUCACGAAGCGGUUACGAACAAAGGUCAAGAUAGUAGCAAAAAUAAAGCGGCUAGCGCAAUCACCGGUAUGAUUGUAGUCGAUGGUCGCCAAAUGGACUCAACAAAUAAAAGUACAUCCACUGCCACAUCGAACAAUAGAUCAAAAGUCGUUGAUGGUGCCAAAAUUAACAGAUCGACAGGAAGAUCAACUGAAUGUCCAAAAGAAGCGGCUGAAUUGGGUUUGAUUCAACAAUCAAAAAGAAAUAAAAGAUCGAGUUCAUUGAACCAGAAGGAGAUGAAAAAGCGAUUCAAAUGCCGAGUUUGUGAAUACUCCAGUGAUCAAAAGGGGAACAUAAAUUUGCAUAUGCGUACUCACACCGGCGAGAAACCAUAUCAAUGUGAUAUUUGCCGCAAAGGAUUCACAACCCUGCAAAGCAUGAAAAAGCACAAAGUGACGCACACUGAUGAAAUUCCAUUCCAUUGUCGAGGAUGUUUCACUGGAUUUUCCCAGAAGACCGAUCAAAGUGCACAUGAAAAAGUGUGCAAAUAUCGUCGAUAUGAAUGCCAUAUCUGUAAGAAGUUUGUCACUGUGGGUAAAACUAUGUUGAAAGUGCAUAUGCAAACGCACUUCCGUGAAAAACCGUUUCGUUGUUAGAUUUAGCGUUUUACAAGGAGACAAAACUUGAUGACACAUUUAAACGACAUCCACGCCAGAAUCAACCCAUAAAUUCGACCAUUCAAGCCAGUUUCUUUUGUAAUUUACACAAUCAUCGAUAAUACAAUACAUAGCGAUACA